GGUUAGAUCUCUCUUUGCCGCCGGAGAUGAUCGCCGCCAUAAGAGCAGCGAUUCUCAAGCCACAAGACUACUGUUCUCACCUCAAAACUGCCCUUUUCCAUUCUACUCCUAUCUUACAACGCAAACAUCAAUCCAAUUCGAAAGCUCGGAAAAGAAAGAAGGCAAAGCAAGAUUUGCGUCGUAAUGUGAAUGCUUUUGCAGAACACUUAUUUGGGAUUUGGAGUGAUGGUUUUGAUUACUCUAGUAAACACACCUCGUGGUUUCAGAAACAGUUCUCCAGGGUCUCCAAAAGAAAUCGGAAUGGUAGUAGUAGUAGACACACCCCUCAACAUUUGGAUAAAAGAUGUUUUGAUUUUAGCCAAGUUGAUGAAGGAUAUGAAAUCGAAUACUUUUUACGGAAUGCAUUGGGUGGAUCCCGUGGUUUCUCUUGGUCAAACAACACUCAUCAAGAUGGGGGAGCUCGCUCUGGGAGGUAUUCUAACAACUUUAGAAAAUCUUGGGGCUCGAGGUAUCGGUUAGACCAAGAAGAAGAAGAAGAAGAGGAAGAUGAGUAUUCUUCAAGAGAAUCGAGAGUUAAAGAGCCAAACGAGGAGUCUCAUAGACAAGCACUUGGUUUGAGUUCCUCAGGUCCCUUAAACCUUGAAGAUGUCAAAAUUGCAUACAGAGCUUGUGCAUUAAAAUGGCAUCCAGAUCGUCACCACGCCUCUACCAAGAAUGCAGCCGAGGAAAAAUUCAAGCUCUGCACUGUGGCAUAUCAAUCUUUAUGCGAAAAGCUAGCCACAAACUAAUAGGGGUCACCUUUGGGUUUUAUAUAUUCUUCGAUUUUAUUAUCCAUUUUACUAUAAAAUAUGUAACUCUCUCUAUAAUAAAGUUUAGCAUUCUAAACACCAAAGAAAAAAACGAAGGACAAGUAGUGAGUUUUGGUAUGUGCAUUAGUAGACGGAUUAGAAACAACAAUUAGGUAUCUUUCAACCUUUUUUCGUCCUUUGU